GUUGGGUUAUUAACUUAUGCCAACUACAAUAUCUACUGUGUUUCUUAUCAAAAAGAAUACUAAAUAAUAUCUCAACCUCCAGUCUCCAGUAUUGAUCUGCAUAUUCACCUCUCAGACCACAGUUCCUCCGGGAUUCAUGGAUACAAUGUUGAUCAGUGUAGCCAUGUGCAGUCUGCUAGCCUUUACUCUUGGCUUCUUUCGAAAAAUUAUAAGCAAAGCUCCUCAAAAACUUCCACCAGGACCCUAUCCUUUGCCCAUCAUCGGAAAUAUACACAAACUAGGCAAGCACCCUCACAGGUCCUUAAAUACCCUUGCUCAAGUUUACGGUCCCAUCAUGCGUCUGAAGUUAGGCUGUGUAACCACCAUAGUCAUUUCUUCAUCAAGUGCAGCUCAACAAGCCCUCCAAAAGCAAGACCUCGCCUUCUCUAAUCGUCCUAUUCCUGACGUGACACGUGGUUGCGACCAUUAUAAAUACUCAAUAGUAUUUUUGUCUGUUGGUAGUCGUUGGAGAAGUUUAAGAAAAAUUACGACUUCAUCUAUAUUAACAGCUAACAAGCUCGAUGCAAAUAAGCAUAUACGAAGUAGGAAAGUGCAUGAGCUUAUCGAAUACUGUAAGAAGUGUGGCCAGAGUAGUGAGGCUGUAGAUAUUGGUCAUGCUGCAUUUCUAACUUCGCUUAAUCUUUUGUCCAACACUAUAUUUUCAAAGGAUAUGAUAGAUCCGUAUCAGAAAUCAGAGGAGGGUAAAAAAUUAAAGGACUUGGUGUCGAACGUGACGAAGGAGGUGGGUCGGCCUAAUAUAGUAGAUUUUUUCCCCAUUCUUAAGAGAAUUGAUCCACAAGGUAUAAACCGGCGAAAUACUGGUUAUACUGAGAAGCUACUCAAAUUGUUUGAUGGUAUGAUAAAUGAGCGCUUGGAGUUGAAGAGAUCGGGAAACACCAGUGAGAAUAGUACAACAGACAUGAUGGAUGAACUGUUAACAAUAUUACAAACAAAUGAGAUCGACAGAACUCAAAUGACACACUUGUUUCUGGACUUGUUUGCUGCAGGAACAGAUACAACUUCAGGAACAGUGGAAUGGGCGAUGGCUGAGAUAUUAAAAAACCCAGAUACAAUAUUAGUGAAGGCGAAAGCUGAGCUGAACGAAGUGGUCGGGAAGGGAAAGAUUGUAAAAGAAGCGGACAUAUCUAGGUUGCCUUACUUGCAAUGUAUUGUGAAAGAGACCGGAAGAUUACACCCACUGGUUCCUUUCUUAAUACCUCGCCAAGUACAAGAAGAAGUUCAACUCUGUGGCUACACUAUUCCCAAGAAUUCGCAAGUCCUAGUCAGUGCAUGGACUAUAGGACGUGAUCCCCUGAUAUGGAAAAAUUCCUUGUUAUUCCAACCGGAGAGGUUCCUGGACUCUGAAGUUGAAAUGAACGGCCAUUUUUAUGAGCUAAUUCCAUUUGGUGCAGGUCGAAGGAAAUGUCCGGGAUUGCCAUUGGCGAUGAGGAUGGUGCCAGUGAUGUUGGGCUCCCUCAUAAAUUGCUUUGACUGGAAACUUGAAGGUGGGAUUGCACCAGAGGAAAUGGACAUGGAGGAGAAGUUCGGGAUCACUCUAGCAAAGCUUCAUCCGCUUCGUGCUGUACCAACUCAGUUCUGCCUAAUUAAUUUUAGGAUAUUAGAAUCAUCUGCUCCUUUACAUUGUCCAACUCUUUUAAGAGGCUGAGAGCCUCAUAAUAUAUGUACCUUCUUUUAUGUAUCUAUAUCUAUAUAAUAAAUAAAGGUUCAAUGGUGGAGAAUGAUUUUGUUAAUUUAUUUUGACAACAUCCCUGCUCUAGUAUAUACUACCAAAAUUGGGAUUUGGUGGGUGAGGGAAUGUGUUACUGUAUGUUACACACAUAAUUGCUAGCUAUCUAU